CUUGAAGUGACUUUUUUUUUCUUUGUGUUAAGCUUGCCUGUUCAAUCUCAUGCCACGCGCCAUUCGCCAACCGCUAGGCGUCAAAGAUACCAAUCGCGUCAAAGUUCAUUUACCAGAAUCCAUCGAGAAACAUAAACCUAGUCCAUCCACGCCGACGCGAAAAACCGACAUUAUCAACGACUUGUUCUCCAAAAACUUCACUGUUCGUCGUGGUACUUGUCCCAACAAUCAGAUGGAAGUAAAUAAGCAAAUCAAGAAGAAAAAACGGAAACAAACUUCCUUGUCACCAUCGAUCUCUUCCGUCGUUCCGCCUCCUUUGUCUCGUAAAAAGCAGCAUAUCAAUGAUUCCUAUGCAACUCCACCCCCGUUAUGCACAUCCUCAAGCACGUUAUCGACUCUUAAUUAUCUUUUGGUAUGGGAUACGCCCAUAUCCAUCCUCAACGACGAUUGUCUCCUUGAGAUCUUUUUACAUUGCGCUGACACCAAAACAUUGAGUGCGCUGGCCGCCGUGUGUCGCCGCUGGCGAUCUCUUAUAUUGGCGCCGUACAUUUGGCGAAAAUUGUAUUUCCAUUGGAUCCCAUUUGUCCAGCAAAUGAGCGCACUAAGCCAUCAUCCGUCGAUUCCUAAGCAGCUUUUAUACGUGCGGUCGCUCUCGAUGGAAAACGAGAUCGACAAUCGCAAGAUGGCCAUACGAUUACCGAAAAUAUACCCUUUUCAGAAUUUACGCGAGGUUCAUCUGCGGAACAUGUAUCUGGACGACAUUACGGAAUUAGCCAUGUGGAUGGAUUCCAUCGAGGUACUUACCUGUGAGAAUAUCAUGACGCGCGGAUCACAGAGCGAGUUGAUACUCUCGGUUUUCACCAAAUUGCAACGCUUACGAGUUUUGGUGUUACAAUUCAUGCAAAUGUGCGAACACUCGAGUUCAAGUCUGAUGAUGACAGGAACACGAAAAAUGUUGCCGGCGAGUUUGGAAGUCCUGACAUUGAAUAAUCUGUACGACUGCGAGGAAUACAUGAUUCGGCCGAUCAUUGCAGAAAAUAUACGAUCCAACCAACGACCGGAAGUGUUACUGCAGCGAUGGAGCAUGAUGGAACAGUCACUGGUGAUGAAAUAUCAGACUUUUAGUCGGUUACGGAAUCUCAAAUCAUUGACGCUUGGACGCUGCAAUGCGUUUACGGCCCGUGUGUGGCGCGAAUGCCUAAUGCCGUGCACAACCCAAUUGGAAUACCUGUCCCUGUCUGGCUGUUCCGGACGAGCGAAUCAUGAAGGCUGGAAAGCAAGGAGUUUAUAUCCAGGCCACACGCCGAUUUUAGAUAUUACCGACGAUAUGGAAGCAGCGAUAGGCGAGUUCUUUGGGAGUCUACGACGGAUACGAGUAUUGAAGCUGUCCGACUUUUGCUGUAGCGGCGGGAUGGCGACUGGAUUUUUAAAAUUGGCUUCGAAGAAACCCAUUGUUAUUUCGGCCAAUCAUGUGGUCCCUCCUUUCCAAAAUUUAGAAGCUAUGGUUGGGUGUUUUAUUGCUCAUGCAGAAAUUCGAUUCCUUCGAUAGAGAGAAAAAUGACAGGCAAAAUAAAGUAAAAAUAAAAGAACGGGUUGACCUGCCGCUGCAGGAAGAGCAAAAUGACAGAAACAGAGCUGGGAUGUUUCCCAAUAAUUGUGUAAGAGAUGGUUGUUGGCUUGCAUGGGACAAUCGCUCACGUCUGGGUCUUAUACAGCAUUUGAAGAAGGAGGUCAGAG